CUUCCACCGUGAAUUUUGAAUGAGAGCGUAACGGGAAACUAUGGCGUCUCGGUUCUCAUCCCUCCGGUUGCAGAGGCGCCGCCUGCAUACUGCCACCAAUCAACUAAGCGUUAGGCAAAUUCGCAACACCGACUUCUAUGGCUGCUUGGGGGACCUGAAGAACCACAUCUCCGACUCCGACUUCAUCGCCCUCUCUUUGCAGAACACCGGUUCUUCUUCCUUUCCUUGGCACCGCCUUCAGUCCUUCGACACCUACGAUACCGCCUAUUGCAAGGCCAAGUACGCCGCCGAGAAGUUUCAGAUCCUUCAAUUCGCUCUAUGCCCCUUCUCUGUUAGGGAAUCCAAGCUAAUCGCUCAUCCGUACAACUUUCAUUUGUUCCCCAGAGAUGAUCUGAACAUUGGGAUGCCUUCUUACAGUUUUUCAUGUCAAGUUUCACAUCUAACAUCCAUGGCUCGUGAAGGUUUUGACUUUGAUGCUUGCAUAUAUGAUGGCAUAUCAUACUUAUCUAGAGCUCAAGAGUCUAUAGCAAAAGUUCGAAUAGGCCGUUCAUUUCUAACACCUAGUACUUAUGCUGUGAAAUCUUCUUCUAGACAGACAAUUGCUGAUUCAGUUUUUGUUCAACGGGUUAAAUCACGGGUAAAGAACUGGAAAGAUGCAUGUAAUUCAAGCACAAAAACAAAUGACGCUCUGCUAAGUUCGUUGAAAAAGCUCAUCAUUGGCAGCGAGCAGUAUGGAUCAAGGCCAUCCAUGACUAUAGAUGUUUGUAGUGAACGUCAAGUUCUACUUGUUUUAGAGCUGUUGAGUGAGUUUUCUGAUGACCUGGUUCCUGUAGUAAAUCCAGCUAAGGGUGGAGGAACUCAAGCAAUUCGUGCCAUUUUGACGAGCUCAAAAGAAGACAAGAUUCUUCUUGAGAAGGAGCUUCAAAAUCUUGAAGAGGAAGAAAACAAGAAAUUUCGUGGUUUUCGAGAGGUGGUAGAUAUCAUUUCUGCUUCACAGAAGCCUAUUCUCUCCUACAAUUCUCUUAAUGAUUUUGCAUUUAUUCAUUCUAAAUUCCUUGCUCCCCUACCUACUGGUAUGGAUGAGUUUGCGUCCUCUUUGCAUUUGGUUUUCCCAAGAGUGCUUGAUGUAAAGCAUUUGAUCAGCAAGAUCGGUGGCCUCAGCAAGCCAAUCAGUAUAGCUUCAGCUCUUUCUUACUUGAAGAAUCAUUAUUUUGCACCUAUUGAUUUGGACAUUCCAGUUGAAGCUACAGGAAAUGAUCGCAAGUUUCAUGGGCACAACGCUAUACUGUUAUGCCAUUUGUUUGCAAAAGCCUGCUCUGUACUUAAAAUUGAUCUUGGUGGCGUCCAAUCCAACAACAAUUGUUUGGCCUCAAAGCUUGAUGGGUGUGCAAAUGUUUUUGGUUCAUUCUCCCCCGACCACCACGAAUCUGAGGAUGAGGACAUCAAGAUCUCGACGAAGAACGUUAGAAAGGUUAGCUGUAGGCAUUUGGUUUUCUUGUGGGGAUUUAGAGACGGGAUGACUGCUCAGUCGAUGAAAACUGCACUUGAAGGAUCCCAUGAAGUUUUCUGUGAAGAGUUUGAUGUCCGGUUCGUGGACAAGAAAUGCGCCAUCGUCGUAUUCUGGCAACCUGGCUUAUCUGAGGCGUUCCUUGAUGCAAUAAACAGCGAUGGCAUUGUGGGAUGUUUAAAAGAUAUGGUAUCUGAAGGCCUAAAAGCAACAGGUUAUGAAACUUACAAGAGGGUGUGUAGGUUGGGUUUAUGGGAAGCAGAUUUAGCGGAGUCCCUGGAGAGAGCCAGUUCAGAACAACAUCAUUCCAGUUUCGAAGCUGAUCCCGAAACCGAGCGGUUAGAUAUCUAUUACUCUAAUGAUUCUAUAAUUAAUUUGGCUGAUCUUUGAAACCAUUUUAGAGAUUGCCAAAAUGCAUAUAGCGUAGGGAGUAUUGAAGUGAUCUUCCUCCUAUUUCCUAACUGAUAUUUGGCACCCAUGAUGAUGAUAAACACCUUGGAAGUUUUGGUCCAUUCCAAAGAGAGCAAGUCUUUUAAGUUUA